CUCUUUUUGAGCAAUAUUAUAACAAAACAGUCCAGAGCAUGAAGAAAGAAAGAUUAUAGGCGAAGAAAAUCUUCGUCCACUCAAACCCUAAAAAUAUAAUAAUAAAAACAAAAAGGAGAGAGAUAUGAGAGAAUGAAAGGAACACAGCAACAAAUAAAUAAAUAAACAAAAGCCAUCUUCUUCUCCUUCCCCCACCACCCUAUCUUUCCAUCUCCCUCCUCUCUUUUAAUUAAUUCUCUUUUCUCUUUGCUUUCUUGGCCUCUGGUAUUCCCUUGGUGUGAUUUUUUCCUAAAGAAUCCAUCAACCUUUAUAAAAGAGAAAAGAGAGCAGCAAACAAUUAACCAUGGUUUUCUCAUCUCAUGAUGUUCCAGCCUAUUUAGAUCCUCUUAACAGGCAGCAGCAGCAUAAUCAGCAAGGAACUGGCAGUGAAAAUCCUCAGCUUCCACCUGUUCCUCCAGCUCCACAUGUUGGAGCUGGUGCUAGCUCCAAUAGGCCUGGUUCGAUGGCUGAUCUAGCCAGGCUAGCCAAGAUUCCACUGCCAGAAGCAGUCCUGAAAUGUCCACGGUGUGAGUCGAGCAACACCAAAUUUUGCUACUACAAUAACUAUAGCCUCUCACAGCCACGCCACUUUUGCAAGGCAUGUCGGCGGUAUUGGACUAGAGGAGGUGCCCUUAGAUGUGUUCCAGUUGGUGGUGGAUGCCGAAGAAACAAGAAAAACAAAAGUAGCUCAAAAUCACCAGCUUCAGCAGAGAAGCAAGUAGGUUCAGCUUCUGAAAUCACUGACCAUUUGCUACAGCAAACGCCUCAUUUACCCUUCAUGGCUUCUUUGCAAACUUUUUCUCAGUAUGGUUUGGGAAAUAUUGGCUUAGACUUUAGUGGAAUUCAAUGUCAGAUAGGGGCAACAAGUGGUGCUAGUGAGCAAGCUGAUAUGGGGUUUCAGAUAGGAACUAACUCAGGCAUGAGCAGUGCUAUUUUAUCAGUAGGAGGAACUCAUCAGCAGUUCCCUCUCUUGGAGCCAACAAAUGGUUUAUAUCCAUUUCAAAGUGAGGGUAUGGAAGCAUCAUCAUCUGUGGUGGGAGAAAGCCAGCUUCUUCGUUCCAUGAGUUCAAGCUCUAGGGUUUCUCAGCUAGCUCCAGUGAAAAUGGAAAACACCCAAGGGCUAAUUAAUUUAUCAAGACCACCGUUGGGUGUUCCGGAGAAUAAUCAAUACUGGGGAGGAAAUAGUUGGACAGAUUUAUCCGGUCUCAACUCUUCUAGUACUAAUCAUCUCUUAUAGCUAGUUUCAAUCUUUCUUGAUAGACAGCAGCUUAAAGCUGAUCUUGAAGCUUCAGCUGCUUCCAGUUAUCGCAGCAGCUUUAAUGACAGAUAGUUGACAUAAGUUGUAAUGUUACUUAAUUCGAUCACCUUGAUUCGCUCACAUGCUUCAAUAUCAAAAACUAAAUAAUGGAUAGUGAAAUUGCAAGGUUCACUGAGGAACUUGUCUCAUCAUCAACAUCUAUCGACGAAAAAACAAAGAUUGGCAGAAUUAAUGUUGUUUUGUACUAUAUAUUUUGGGGUUUCUUAAGCUAUGUCUUUGGUCUUUUGUUUGCAUGGGCUUGUUUACAGAUUUGUCUAUGUUUGUGUCUGAAGUUAUGGGAUCUGUUUUCUGACUUCCCUGUGAAAUAUCCUUCCUGGUAACUUCUUUCUCUUGUCUGUUUUUGCUCUUGCAUAACUGUUUGUACAAGGUUGCCUCGCUAUGAAGAAAGAAAGAUAGUCCUUUCGGCAAAUCAUCAUAUCAGCCACAAUUCUGCAAAAAUGUUCAUUAGAAGAAUGAGCAAGAAAAUAUUCUACUAGAGAGAACUUGGGACUGCCAUCCAUGUAAAAAAAA